GUUCGUUAGUGAAAAUCAAGAAAUUUUAUAGGUUAUGUUUUCAAGAGGAAGAAGGGCAAGUUAUAUACGAUUCAAUUGCAUGCGUUUUAAUGCAUGUUAAACGAUGGCAAGUGACAACAAGAGUUGUUUUACUACUGCGCCUGGCUUCUGUCCAGAUUGUGGUUCAAUUUUGCCGUUGCUAGGCGAACGGGGAGGAAUUAAAUGUUACACGUGCAAGAGAGAAUGGAAUUCCGAAGUUUUUGGUGACAUGGGAAUGACACAUACAAUCUUCUUUAACACCAAGCAUACUUAUGCCAGUAGUGUAUCUGUCAAAGAAGGUGAAGAUAGUGAGGAUGAUGCGGAAGGGCCAAUAGUAGAGCGACAAUGUCCUCAGUGUCAAAAUGACAAAAUGUCCUACGCAACGUUGCAACUGAGAUCUGCUGAUGAAGGACAAACUGUGUUUUACACAUGUACCAAGUGCAAAUUCAAGGAAACAGAGAAUUCUUAAUAUACAAUUUUGUAUUGUACAUUCUUAUUUUAUAAGAAAUUUUUAUAUUGAGCAAUGUGAUUCUUCUAUUUUUUAAUAAUUAUUUAGAAUAAGUACUUUAAAUAAAAAUAAAAAUAUACUCUUUUGAUGCAUUUUCACUCAAAAUGAAAAAACUAAGAAAAACGUGGCGGUUUUUCCUGUGAAGUGAGUUAUUAAGCGUUAAAAUUUAGAAGUUUAGAAAUUAAGAUAUCUGUUAUAUUGGUUAGUAGUAAUUUUAUUGUUUAUUAGACAUAAACAAGAAUGGAAUUAAAACCAAUAGUGAUUUGAGCACAAAUUGGAUCGCGGUCCAAAUGUAUCGAUAUGAAUAUGCUCUGUAAUUUUAUAUCUUACAAACAUAAAUUCUGUUAUAAAAAUAA